AUGUUUCGAGUAUCAAUGGGCUUGAAGCAAAAGGAAACACCGGUGUAUGAUGGUACUGAAGACGACGACAUCGACGUGUACGUGCUCAACAUGAUAUCGUGGUACGCAGCAUACGGUCUUUACUUGAGUCAAGAUCAAGUCGGCUGGCGUGUUGGUGAGCUCAUGUUAAACUAUACAAAAGGAACCGCAAAGAAGUGGCUCCUGCAAGACUAUAAGGGCGAACGACGCUGGAAAGACCUUGUUGUGAGCUUCUUCGAUUGCAACCAAGGAAGUAAUUUUUUGGAUACAUAUAUCGACGAAUUUCAGCGUCUGAGUCGCAGCAAUGAUGUAUCCAAAAAGUACAAGAUGAUUAAAUUCAAGAAGGGCCUGCGCUCGAACCAGUUAAGGGAACUAGUUAAGACCCAGAUACACGAGUCAUUGGACGAACUGUUCAAUGCGGCCCGAUCAUUUAACCCUCGCGAUCUCGGUAAAUGUAGCUCGUCUCGGUGUCUCGCGAAGGGGCAUACAGAAGACAAGUGUUGGAUGCGGCAUCCGGAGCUGCGUCUGGCAUGGUAUAAAGAUGAAGGAGGAAAGCGACUCGGAGCUGCAUCAGCAGUGGUCGUACAUUGUAUCUCGGCUACGACAAGCGACAACGACAAAAUGUGGGAAGUGUUAAGUGCUAUUCAAUCAGACCUUGCCAAGAUCAACACCAAUGCCCAGAAUCGCGUCUUUGAUCCUGGCACAAAGGCAAAUUACAUGUACUUCGAGUCUGGAAACGGAGAAAAGAAGUUAACACCUGAACGCUAUCUAAUCAAGACGGUACGCUGCGAGAAAGAUACGACAUCCGCGGCAGCACGAACAUUUUUUGAUGAGGGAGCUGAUUUUUGUGGAAUUUCAGAGGAAUUCGUGGAGCAGCAGGGCUGGAUGAAGGGGGUUGUCGAUCAUGGCGCAAUGCAAGUAACUUAUGCUAGCGGGAAGACCGAGUCUGUGCGUCAGCAAACCAUUCAGCUAACUGUCUUUGUGGAAGAAUUGCCAGCGUUUGAGUUCGAGUUUUACCGGUGUCAUAUCCCAUAUCAGUCAUUCAUACAAGAGGUGACAGCAGGGACUGCUGCAUGA